AUGGAUUUUACAAGCAAUCUACUCGCAUUGAUGGCAAUGGCGCAAAUCGGACACACGUUGAGCAGUCAAUUCAAAAAAAUUCUUGUUCCAAGCCCUUUUUUCCCCUCUGCCCGAAAAGUCUAUCAUGAAUUUUACGAAAUACGCAAGGGGAUUUAUUGCGAAGAUCAUCAAUGCCUUGCUUACAACACCGUGAACGCCAACGACGGAUGGAAACAUCUCAACCUUAAGAUCGUUGCUGGUUCUCUCGGCAUAGGUCGUACGAAGCCAUUCUUUGAAUACGGUGGAGAAACGUGGACAGAAUUUCAUCAGUUUAACCGAGGCGAUCGAGUGGAUGCACAUGUGUGGUUAGAGGACGAGAACGGGCGAGUGUAUGAUAUUGUGACCAUGCAUAUGUGCGGUGUUGCCUCCGUGAGGGGAAAGGAGUUCCGUCUUCAACCGUACAGGAUUAUAGAUGGAAUGUCAAAGCAAAAACUAUGCGCGCUUGGAUUGCAUUAUGUACCAAGCACCGAUGCGAUUCAAUCCCUUAUCCUUGAAAAGAUGAAGAGCAUCGUUGUAAACUAG